GAGAAUCCUGUCAUUCCUGUCUGAUUGUUGUGCAAUGAUUAAAUUUAACCCAAAAUAAAAUUGUGAAAAAAAAACAUCUUUUUCAAAUUUUCGUCUGUAAAGGAGAGACAAUACUGAAAAAUAAAUCGAACGAGUCUCGACACAAUGUCAAAAAUAUUUAAGAAGCCGCCCCAUUGCAAGGGUAUAGACGAUCAUCAAAAAUACCUGUCUCGAAUAACAAAAACUUUAUAUUAUGGAAGACUGCCAAGAACCGAAAUGCUUAGCUUACCAGUAACAGAACUAGCCGUGGAAAUAUUCUCGGAAGCUCAAAAAGGUAGGUCUUUGGAGAGACUUCACUUUAACACGGCAUCAGAAAUAUCUAGAAAUGCUUGCGUAUCACCAUGCUCUCUUGUCUUGGCAAUGCUUUAUUUCGAAAGAUUAAAGAAAUGUAACAUUGAUUAUCUUGAGAGGACCAUGCCUUCAGACUUAUUCUUGGUUUCACUGAUGGUCUCUUCGAAAUUUCUUUUUGAUGAUGGACAAGUUGAUGAAGUUUUCAUGGAUGAAUGGGCCGCUUCUUCUGGGAUGACUUGCAAAGAAUUAGUCAAACUUGAAAAGGACUUUCUUAAGGCUAUAGAUUGGGAAUUAUUUGUGAGCGAACUGUUAUUUUGGGAUAAAUUACAUCAAAUAGAGAGUUUUUUGGCUCUCAAACAAGGAAAGGAACGAGGGCAUUUUACGUACACAGAACUGGAAACCUUGGGAGGUGUUGCACUUAAAGAUUUGCACAACUUACUACAUUGUGUCAUAGCUGUCUCGAUGAUUCUGGCCGCAACAUAUACAGCAGCACUCUUUACAAUUGUCGGAUCAUUUGCUAUCGCCAGUACCAUUCCUGGUACAAGUCUUUACCAAAUUAAGGAAACCACUGUGCCAAUUACUAAGAAUGACGUGUUGAAUGAUUAUUCUGCUCCAAGUGUAUCAGUAACCAAUCAGUCAAAUAUCGUAACUUUCCAGAAACAUCAUUUGGGUUCAGAGUUUAAUGCUGUUAAAGUCUUAAAGGCUAGCAUUUUAUUAGCUUCGAUUAAAUCUGACAACAGCUCGGCACAAAUUUCGACUUCUAAAGAAUGUAGAGAAAACUGUCAACAGGUGAAUUGGGAUUGGUGGAAUAUACCGAUCAUGACUUGGCUGUCAAGGACUUCAGAGUUCGUUAAGAGUUUCGAGUUGGAAAUGCCCGUUUUUUGGAAUUAUGUUUACUUCUUGGAAAAUAAAAUAAAUAAUGAGAAAUAUGCAUUUGUGGGCGAUCAUAUACAAAAGGCGACUAAGACCCGGAUUCAGGAUCAGUUGGAAAGGAGUUGGCAUGAAGAAUGGACCGAUAGUAUAAAAUGCCACUUGCCUUACUAUAAUUUGUUAUCUUAUUUGCAAACUGUCAAAUCCUAAGAAUGCAAUCGAUAACAGAAAUACACAUAUAUUAUAUUUUCUUUAUUUUUCAUAAUACUGUAUUUAGGCAAAUUCACUGUUUACAUCAUAUAAUCAGACUUAUUUUUUCAGCCCCUUCUAAAUAAUAAUAGCUUUUAUUUUAAUAACUACGAACGAAACAUUUUGCACAAACCUGUGGCAUGAACGAUUUUUUUUUGUUUCAAAAGCUGUUCAAGAAUAUUUGUUAAUUUUUGGGAAAUUAUAAUUUUUUUGGCCAUA